AUGGUCCCCUUGUCGCAGGCCAAGGCGGACAUUGACUCUAUAUAUUCCACCGGGCUGUACGAUGAUGUCAACAUGCUGCCCCAGGAGGCAGAGGACAGCACCGAGGAGAACCCCAAGGUGGACCUGACAAUCAACUUGGUGGAGCGAAAGACGGGCGGGCUUGGGGCCGGCACGGGCAUCAGCGCGCAGGCCAGGGGCGAGGGCGCGCUCCCGGGGUUCGUCGGGAACUUCACGUACAGCCAGGUGGGCGGCCGCGGGUGA